GAGUGAUUUGUUGUGUCAAAUGCUGCAGACAGGCUGAGUAAGAUGAAGACUGAGAGCUGACUGUGGUUUAGCCAAGUGGAGGUCACUGCAGUGUUGACAAGGGCAUUUUCAGUGGAGGCUGAAAGCCUGAUUGAAGAGGCGGAAAGGAAUGGAAAAUGAGUAGGCAAACCUCUCUAGAAGUUUUGCUGUAAAGAGAAGUAAAAAGAGGAGGGCAGCUGGAUUGGAAGUGGUCGCUUGUUUUAAUAGAAAAAGUUAAAAUGUUAGUAAUGUGAUGAGAAUAAUACAGAGGUGAUGGAGGAAACGGGGGUAAAUUGCUGGGGGAAUAUCUUAGAGAAAAUGAGAGGAUAGGACUCAGUGCACAGCUGUAGGAAUUGUGUCAGGAGGCAGUUUAUACAGGCUCAGGAGGGAGGCAUGUAGGUGGGAAAAUGAGGUGAUGCGAACUUGCGAGUUUACUGAGCCCCACGAUUUUCUUAGUGAAAUAAGAAGAAACAUCAUUAGCAAAAAGGGUGGAAAAGGAAGUGAUGGGGAACAAUACGACAUAAUUCUUUAGGAUGAUAGGUGGGGCUAGCUGAGGGGAAUUUGAAACCACGUUUUAAAGAAUGUGGAGAGAGCAUUUUGCCUCGCGAUAUUAGUCCUUCUAGGCGCUCGGUAAUCUGCGUCCGUUUCCUUGGAGACUGCGACCUGAGAGAAAGCGUCAGGUCUGGCUGGGAAGUUUGAGUGGCCUUGGUUACUGCGCGACCCACGCUGAGACAAGGAAGUUGGAGAGGCCAAAUAAAUAGGCAUCCCCAAAGAUCCGGGCCCCAAGCACUGAGGACUCUCCUUCCGUUUUCCCUAAUGGCGCGCGUCUUUCCCAAACCCGACCACGAUGGGAUUUGCUCCACAGUUCACCAGUUCCAGAUUCUGGAUUAUGUUCCAUGGCAGCGAUCCAAGCCGAAAGCCAAGACAUCUAGUCUGCCUCCAAUCUCACAAACCACCGACACUAAGAAAAGCAAAAUGAAGAUUUUGACUACUGUCCAGCCAGGGGUGCAGGCCAGGCCCACCUUGUGGAUGACAAGCCAGCCGAGGAAUCCACUGGAACUGCGCAGAGGGAAGCUGGACUCUGGGAAGACACACAACAAAAUCCGGCUCUUGAGAACGAUGCUCAGACACCGGCAAGCCUCGCACCAGGAACUCUGCAACCACGAGGACUUCCUCACCCAGCUCAACCGGGAGCUGAUCAAGGCCAUUCAGGACACGGAGGACAGCUCGGCCCUGAAAGUGCGGGUGAUGCUGCAGCAGCACGACGUCUUCAUGACCAUCAUCAGCAUCUUGGAGUACUCAAACAAGAAGAGGCUGCAGCAGAUGGAACACGAGCUUCAGGAGUGGGAGGAGAAGGAGGAAUCCAAGAUGCACAGCCUGGAGCAGCAGGUGGAGCAACUGAACGCCAAGAUUGAGAAGGUCCACGAGAAAGUGAGCUUUGUGAGCACUUACAAGGACCACGAGUAUCCCAUCAAGUCGGUCCAGGUUGCCAGCCUUGUGCGCCAGCUGCAGCAGACGAAGGACAGCCAGCAGGAUGAGCUGGAUGACCUUGGUGAGAUGUGCAGAAUGGUCCUGGCGUCUAUUUCCAGCCAGAUUCAGAAGAAGAAAAAAGCCCUUCUGGGGUCUUUGGUGCUGAAAAUCCAGCAUGCUCAUCAGGAGACGCUCUUGCAGAAGACGUUGGAUAGCCAGGCCAUGCUGACAUACAUGGACAAGGUCCAAAAAUUUAUGGACCAGUUCGAGGAGGAAAUACCUCUCCUAAGGGCCCAGAUGGAACAGCUCCAAUUUCAGAUCUGGGAACCCCGAGAGAUCGUAUUUGCGGACGUCCUGCUUCGGAGAUCCAAGUGCACCCCAGACACGGACGUCAUCCUCAACAUCCCUGUGGAGGAGCUGCUGCCCUUCUAGAUGAGCUGCCUCUCCCUCCCCGGUCUCCUCCCCACCCUGGAGCCUCUCUCCUUCCAAGACCCUGGUCUGUAAUCCCUCCCUUCCUCUCCUCCUUCUUUCCCUCCUUCCUUCUUUUUUUCCUCCCUCCCCCCACCCUCCCUGGUUGGUGCUACUCCUUGGGCCAGGUAGGGAUUCCUCGUCAAUUCUUUUUUUUUUUCCAAUAAAGCUGGGUUUGCCUUUGCU